CAUUCAUGGUGGUGCCAUGAGAAAGCAUGGUAUACAUGUAGGCAGCUGUAACUCUCACAUUAAUUUCCCUUACUUGCCACCUGUGUGCCUCUGAUCUGUGCAUCUUCAAUCCAAUCAAUAACUUCUUCUUCCUUUCUCUCUCUCACAGCAUUAAUGUUCCAAUCUUUUUAGGUCAAACUUCCAUAUCUGUAGCUGCAUAUCACCAUGGAGAUUGAGGCAGCAGCAGCAGCCACCGACCGGAACAAAGGCUUCAACUGGGGUGCUGCUGCUACUGAAACUCAGAGGGAUCUCCCAUACACGGGCUUUGACAGAGGAAGCUUCUUGGCUUGGCAAGAUCUCAGAGUUGUGCUUCCAAACUUUGGAAAAGGACCCACCAAGAGAUUGCUCAAUGGCCUCAAUGGCUAUGCUGAGCCUGGCCGAAUCAUGGCCAUCAUGGGUCCUUCUGGCUCUGGAAAAUCUACCCUUCUUGAUGCACUUGCAGGUAGACUCUCAAAAAAUGUGGUUAUGACAGGAAAUGUUCUUCUAAAUGGGAAGAAAAAAAGCCUAGGUUACGGCGGUGUUGCGUACGUAACUCAAGAGGAUGUGCUUCUGGGAACUCUUACUGUGAAGGAAACUGUAUCCUACUCGGCCCAUCUACGUCUUCCAACAUCAAUGAGCAAAGAAGAAGUUAACAGCUUGGUGGAUGGAACAAUCAUAGAAAUGGGUCUCCAAGAUUGUGCUGAUAGGUUGAUUGGUAACUGGCACUUGAGAGGUAUAAGUGGAGGGGAGAAGAAGAGGCUUAGCAUUGCACUUGAGAUCCUUACAAUGCCUCGUUUACUGUUCCUUGAUGAACCCACCAGUGGCCUUGACAGUGCCUCUGCAUUUUUUGUCGUUCAAACUCUCAGAAAUGUUGCUCGUGAUGGAAGAACUGUUAUCUCUUCCAUUCACCAGCCCAGCAGUGAAGUCUUUACACUCUUUGAUGACCUUUUCUUGCUAUCUGGCGGUGAAACAGUUUAUUUUGGAGAAGCAAAAUCUGCAAUUGAGUUUUUUGCUGAAGCUGGUUUCCCUUGUCCACGUAAAAGAAAUCCUUCUGAUCACUUCCUACGAUGCAUCAAUUCUGAUUUCGACAUUGUUACAGCUACGUUGAAGGGAUCUCAGAGAAUUCAUGAUGUUCCAAACUCAGCUGAUCCUUUCAUGAAUUUGGCUACAGCAGAGAUUAAGUCAAUGCUAGUUGAGAAAUAUAGGCGUUCGGCAUAUGCCAGAAGGGCAAAGACCAGAAUUCAAGAACUAUCUACAGACGAAGGGCUUCAACCUCAGACACAAAAUGGAAGUCAAGCUAGUUGGUGGAAGCAACUCUCAACUUUGACAAAGAGAUCAUUUGUGAACAUGUGCAGAGAUGUGGGGUACUACUGGUUGAGGAUCAUAAUUUACAUCAUUGUGUCCAUAUGUGUGGGAACAGUUUAUUUUGACAUUGGCUACAGCUACACUUCCAUUCUGGCCCGUGGUGCCUGUGGUGCAUUCAUAUCAGGAUUUAUGACAUUCAUGUCAAUUGGGGGCUUUCCAUCAUUCAUUGAAGAAAUGAAGGUGUUUUAUCGAGAAAGGCUCAAUGGAUACUAUGGAGUUGCAGCAUAUAUUUUAGCCAAUUUCCUUUCUUCUUUCCCAUUCUUGGUUGCUAUUGCUCUUACUUCUAGCACCAUCACCUAUAACAUGGUGAAAUUCAGGCCAGGGAUAAGUCACUUUGUGUUCUUCACCUUCAACAUCUACAGCUGCAUCUCAGUAAUAGAGAGCCUCAUGAUGGUUGUGGCUUCACUUGUUCCAAAUUUCCUCAUGGGAAUAAUUACAGGAGCUGGAAUAAUAGGAAUCAUGAUGAUGACCUCAGGAUUCUUCAGGUUGCUGUCUGAUCUUCCAAAACCAGUUUGGCGCUACCCAAUUUCAUAUAUCAGCUAUGGUUCAUGGGCAAUUCAGGGUGCAUACAAGAAUGACUUGCUUGGGCUUGAGUUUGAGCCUCUGAUACCUGGUGACAAAAAACUGACUGGAGAAUACGUGAUCACACACAUGUUAGGCAUUGAAUUAAACCAUUCAAAGUGGUGGGAUUUGGCAGCUCUAUUUGUGAUUCUGUUGGCUUACAGACUUCUGUUCUUCACUGUUCUGAAAUUCAAGGAGAGAGCAUCACCACUGUUUCAAACACUUUAUGCCAAGAGAACAAUCCAACAGCUUGAAAAGAGACCCUCUUUCAGGAAGAUGCCAUCUUUCCCUUCUCAGAGGCAUCAACCCCUCCAUUCACUUUCUUCUCAAGAUGGUCUUGAUUCUCCACUCAACUAAAAUCCAUCACCAACAAAUAAAACUACUGCAUCUGGGUUUUCCAAUUAUUUUGCUUCAUUAACAUACAAAAUUGUACUUGUUAUCUGUUAUAAUCAGCAUAUGUAUAGGGAAAAAUGUUUCACAAUCGUUUAAGCUACAAAACAGACAAAUGGGACAUGGCUAAGUCCUUCAAUUACUUUUUUUUUUGUUACUUUCAUUUAAAAUCUCUAAAUUGGGAUAUAUAUAAUUACUUUGUACAAAA